AUGCAAGAAGAAGACGAAAACCGACGGCGAAUUCCGGCGGAAGCGCCGCCACUUCAUCCCUCCGUCGCGCCGUUGUCGUAUCUCUUAGGGACUUGGAGAGGACAAGGCGAAGGUAAAUAUCCGACCAUACCUUCCUUCCUCUACGGCGAAGAGCUCAGUUUCUCACAUUCCGGCAAGCCGGUGAUAGCUUAUACUCAGAAGACAUGGAAAUUGGAAUCAAAAGAGCCGAUGCACGCAGAGAGUGGUUACUUCCGACCAAAACCAGACGGUUCCAUUGAAGUUGUCAUAGCCCAGAGCACAGGUCUCGUCGAGGUCCAGAAAGGAACAUACAAUGUAGAUGAACAAUCAAUCAUACUCAAGAGUGAUCUUGUGGGCAAUGCAUCGAAGGUGAAGGAGAUAAGCAGAGAAUUUGAAUUGGUUAAUGGGAAACUAUCGUAUGUGGUUCAAAUGAGUACAACCACAAAUCAUCUUCAACCACAUCUCAAAGCCAUGCUCGAUAAGAUUUGA